GCGACCCGCAGCGCCGGGGAAGGCUCUGCCCCCCUGCUCCGCGCCGCCCCAUGCAGCCAUGGAGCUGGACACGUUCCAGCACUACUUCUACGACCACGACGCUGAGGAGGAUUCCUACCGCUCCACGGCGCCCAGCGAGGACAUCUGGAAGAAGUUCGAGCUGGUCCCCACGCCGCCUCUGUCGCCCCUGGGACCCCCGGGGGACAAAGCCUGUUGCUCUGGCGCGGAGGAGAGAGCCACUUGGCUCUCCCGCUACUGCCUGGCCGGGGAAGAGCCGGAGUAUCUCAUAGACACGGGGAAGAUCUUUGGGAACCUGAGCGCUUUCAUCCUCAAGGACUGCAUGUGGAGCGGCUUCUCGGCGAGGGAGAGACUGGAGAAGGCGAUGACGGAGAAACUUUCCGCGGGCCCGCCCAGGCUGAGCGCCCACAAACCCUCCUUCGCCCAGGACUUCGGGUUCGGCAGCUCGCUGAGCGAGUGCGUGGAUCCCGCUGCCGUCUUCCUGUGCCCGCUGCCCGAGAGCAAGAUCCUGCCGUCCUCGGGAUCGGAGGGCCAGAGCGAUUCCGAGGGCGAAGAGAUCGACGUGGUGACGGUGGAGAAGAGGCAAUCGCUGGCGCUGCGGCAGCCGCUCACCAUCCCGGAGCCCGAGGCGCCGGAGCCGGAGGCCGCUGCCGACCCGGCCCUGGAAAGCGCCCUGCCCGAGCCCGGCUUGCCCAAAACCGGCAGCGCCCCCGGCUCCGACAACGAGGACGUGGCCAAGAGGAAAAACCACAACUACCUGGAGCGCAAGCGGCGCAACGACCUGCGCUCGCGCUUCCUGGCGCUGCGGGACCAGGUGCCCGGCCUCGCCAGCUGCCCCAAGACGCCCAAGGUGGUGAUCCUGAGCAAGUCGUCCGAGUACCUGCAGUCACUCAUCAGCGCCGAGCGCAGGAUGGCGGCCGAGAAGCGGCAGCUGCGGCUGCGCCAGAGCCAGCUGCUCCGAAGGAUUGCUCACCUGCAGGGCCACUAG